CCACGUUGUGGUAAGCUAAGGCUGCAUUGGUUCACUUAACCCUUCUGCAGGCGUGACUGUAGUAACUCCUAUCUCUCUUGGAGAAAGGAAGGAAUACUUCCCUUCACAGAGGGUUAGCGAGAGACAGAGAAGUAAUCUUGCAAGCUACUACCACCACCAUGAAGACGUCAGAUCUUCUCAUCUUAGUCCUGCUUUAUAUCAAUGCCAGCACAGAAUGGCCCACGCACACAGUCUGCAAAGAGGACAACCUGGAAGUAUAUUACAAAAGCUGUGAUCCUCAGCAAGAUUUUGCUUUCAGCAUUGACCGUUGUUCUGAUAUCGCAACCCACACCUUCAACAUCAGAGGUGCAAUAGUCCUAAGACACAACAUCAAGGAACUGUACGCCAAGGUUGACCUGAUCAUAAACGGGAAGACCGUCUUAUCCUACUCAGAGGUGCUCUGCGAGCCGGGUCAUUCUAAACUUAUUUUCUGUGGAAAGAAGAAAGGAGAACACCUCUAUUAUGAGGGACCAGUCACACUGGGAAUCAAAGAAAUCCCACAGGGAGAUUACAUUAUUUCAGCAAAGCUGACUAAUGAAGAUCACGUCACUGUCGCCUGUGCCGAUUUUACUGUGAAAAAUUAUUUAGACUAUUAUUAGCAACAAAUCAAUUUCAAGAAAGCUACAUACAUACAAAUACUACAAAAGCUAUUCAAGCCAAGUGAGCUGCUUGCAUGCUACAACGAUUCUGAAGGAAAUAAUCCCCACGCGGUGGUUCUGAUGCUAUUCAUCUUUAUGAUUAAUUAUUUUCAAGAAGUCACUAGACCCUCUAGUGGUAAUUUUACCUCUAAACAAACACUGUAACCCACUUAUUGCUUCUAAUAGGUACAGCUGCAAAUAGAAAGUAUCCAAUACCAACAUUCUCAUCUUAGGAUGCAAAUAGCAUCAGGCAGAACAGGAAGAGCCUAAACAUCUUUUUUCAGUAAGUUACGGAGGUAUUCAUUUCUAGCACAGGCUAAAGACUGUUUUCAUAUGUAUCACAUAUUAUGCAGUUACAGCACUCAACAUUUUCAAACUUCUCUGCAGCCUGUUUGAAGCUUUCACUAGUAUAGAUUUUGUUAUAACCACAGAACAAGACCACAUAGGAUGAACAUGGCUUUUUUCCAGUGAUCCACAUCCUGCCACUAGAUUCAUAUCACAAGUCUUCUGGAAUCUACCUGGAAUUUUUUGUUUUUUAAUGUCUUUUAAGUGAUAUGCGAAUCAUUCUGUACCUAAGCUAUGUGCUCUUCUUGCUUCUCAAUAAAUUCAUAAUGAUAGAAUA